CUGGCAGUUCAACCCAACCCCGGCCAGAACUCAACAAAACCGCAUCAUCAUCGGUGUGAAAGGGGAUCUUGUAGCGACAUCUACUGGCGAGCUGGCAUUCAAGCAAUGAAAUCACAUGGAGGUGCUCUUGUGCUCACAUGACAACUCGAGCUAUGGCAGGAGAGAUCAAUGAAGGUUCAGUUCCUGCCUAUUACAGAGACGUGUAUGAGGCCAUCCGCUGCAGGACAGAUGAGAGAAUUCAAGCGGAAGUUUUUAAGCGCCUCCUGGAAAGAACCGGUCUCUCCAAGGCAGCUCUCAGCCAGAUUGCUGAGCAUAUUGAAUAUACAGAUGGAUUCCUUACUAAGCUCACCCUCUAUAAAGCACUAGCUUUAAUUGCUCUAGCUCAACAAGGGAAAAAACCAAGUCCCAAACUCUUCAUACAUGAGUUGCCAAAACCCCAACUCGGAGAGCCGAGGGAACUGAGCGCUCUGAGGAUGCAGCCGGCUCAGGACGACGUGCUCACCAUUUCACAGACAUUUGAACAGCUUCUCACCAAAGACACAAUCCAGGUGGAGCUGAUUCCAGAGAAGAAGGGCCUGUUCCUCAAGCAUGUGGAAUACCAGGUCAUCAGCCAGCGUUAUAAAAUAUCGGUAUACAGGCGGUAUAGUGAUUUCGACGUCUUCCACGAAGUUUUGCUGCAGAAAUUUGCCUACAGAGUGGUUCCGGCACUGCCACCCAAAAGGAUGCUGAAGGGAGUUCUAACUUCUAUGUCUGAACGUGAGUUCAUUGAAGGGAGAAGACGAGCUCUAAUCAGAUUUAUUAACUUGGUGGCUCGCCACCCCCUCUUCUCCGAGGAUGAGCUGGUCAAGACCUUUCUCACCUACAGUGGCUCUGAUGUCCAGACCAAGCUUCGUGACACUUUCAAGAAAACGGGUGAUGAGUUUAUGACCAACAGGAUUGCAACCCAAGCUAAGGAAUAUCUCCCAGCAGACAUUCAGGCUCAGUUCUCAACAAGCAGAGAGCUGAUUAAAAAUAUCCACAACAGCUUCCAGAGACUGCGGGACGGAGCUGAAAAAAUGGCUGAGCGCUCAAUGGAGAAUUCAACUGAUCUUGUCCAGUUUGGUCGAGAGCUUAGUGCUUUGGGCUCAGAUGCAUCGACUCUUCCUUCCUUGGCCUCCUCCCAAAGCAGCUGGGGAACUCUGCGUCAGUCUUUGAAAAGCCUGUCGGAGGAGUUUGCAGUUUUAUCCGACAAAGCCGCUCAGCAGGGCAGACGGGAACAGGACGAUGUUGUGGAAAAACUGAACUUCUUUCUAGAUUUGCUGCAGUCAUACAGAAAUCUCUGCGAGCGUCAUGAAAAGGGCGUGCUUCACGAGCACCAAAAAGCGCUGCACAAGUACAGCAUGAUGAAAAGGCAGAUGAUGAGUGCCACUGUUCAGUCCAAAGAGCAGGCUUCUGUAGAGCAGCUCGAAUCACGAAUCGUUCAGCAAGAAAGUGCCAUCCAGACCAUGGAGCUCCGCAACUAUUUCUCCCUGUUCUGCCUUCAUCAAGAGACGCAGCUUAUCUUCACCUACCUUCCAAUCACCGCCAACAUUCUUGGUGCUUUCGUUAACUCGCAGGUCCAAGGACACAGAGAGAUGGGUGAUGUGUGGAAUGAACUCCAACCUAAGCUUGGGUGUCUCUUUGGCAGUAAUAAUGGACUGAAGCCUCCAAUAUGAAAAUGCAUGCAAAGCAGAAGAUAAACACUCCAAUAGAUGAAGAUUACUAACUGGAA